GAAGCUUUCCUCUCUCUCGGGGCUUUCUGGUCCUCUCUUUUUCCGAGUGUAAAUGCCCUCGUUCUCCUCCACCGCCGCGCUCCGGUCCGCCCUACCAGUUCUCAUCACCGGCUUCAUCUCGGCCUGCGCCAACGCUCUUUUACUUCGUGAUAGCCAUCCAUUGAACAUCCACACGGCUACCGUCGUCGCCAGAAGAACGACUCGCUUUCCCACCGCAACAAUUACAAACACAGCCCUCCGACAGGCCUUCCGGCAGCUUUGCGAUCGACAUCGACAUCGAACCACUCGCACUCGCCGCCCCUGCGCCCCCACCAUCACUCCCUAUCAUCCACCAAACAUCAACACAACAACAGCAACAGCAACAGCACAUUCGUUUAUCAUCACUGCUACUAUUCAUCAGAAAGCCAGAUAUUCAGGACCAAUUCUUAGCAAACUUCGACGGGACGAGAAUUCCCUCGUCAUGGCACACAUAAUAUCACCUCAGAGCAGCUUUGGUCAGAUCACAAUGCAGUCCGCCUCUCUUCCCCGCCGAACUUCUUCUCUACGAUCUCGCGCUCGCCGUGGGAUAAGUACAGAUGAAACCGAGGCUCGACACAUACCGGAGGAAGCCAUUGCCACAGCUCUCGCCCAUGCCGACGACCUGACUGAGAACCGCUCUACACGAUCAGCUUCCACAGCGUCCCGAACCACACAUCGUCUUUCCCUGACACUUCCGAUCGCGCCGCCGAACCCUAAUCCCUCGCGACCCAUACCGACCUCGACGACCACCGCCUCUUUUCCAUCAACCCCUUUAGAUACCCCAGCAUUAACGUCGCCCGCCGAUAUCAAUGACUUUAUCACCGCCAUUGCAGCACAAGAGCGCCGUGUUCUUGAGCUCCGCGAAGAACUUACUCGUGCCGAGUCGGAUUUGGCCCAGCUGAAAAAGCAGUGGGCGACCUAUGAAGCUUACAAGAAACGAGGUGAAAGGCCGUUGCGUCCCGUCGGUUUGGUCCCGACUUUCCAAGAUGAGGAGGCAACAAAAAGGGCCGUGGAACUCGACAGAAGGAAAGCAUUGCUACAAAGCCUACAGAACCAAAAUCAGCCACUUCCCGAGAAUGGGCGCCGUCGUAUAUUUCAAGGAGGACAUGCACGCACGCUAUCAUUGCUCUCACCUACAAAACCAAGUAGUGACUUUCCUGGACGCGGUGAUGGAUCAGAAAAUAGUCGCAAUGUUGCUUUCAGCCCGACAUAUCGGCCAAAACAUCAAUCUUGGGCCCCCCAAUCCACAUCACAAACUGUUGGGGUUAAAGGAAUUGCCCAGGACCUCAGGAUGGGAUUGUGGACUUUCAUGGAAGAUCUGAGGCAAGCUACCGUAGGAGACGAACCCGUCACCGGACAGGGCAUGUACAUGAGAGGCGCGGACGGCAAGUUGAGUAUGACGCCCAUGCUGAAGAGCGGCACGGCUUCCUCUAGCCACACGGGAGGGCAAGAUGGAUUCAGGGCAUCCGGUCUGAACACCCCGAGGAACCGAUCUUCUAUAGCAUCCGACUGGGCACCCGCCGUGCCCACAUCACGGUCCACCAGCCCUCCGAAGAAAAGUCAGGAUUCGACGGCCGAUGAGUCGCUGAAAUCUCCGUCGCGACCAGCCCCAGCACUGAUGCGAUCCAAAACAGAUGCAUCCAGGUCACCCAAGCGAUUUUCUUGGACUCCCCUGGCGAUGGACUCGGUGGACGACAAUGAUUGGUCAAAUUGGGAACCUACAGGUACUGCAACAUCUACAAGAUGGAGUGGAACCACGGUUAACGGCGACAUCAUUCCAUCAACAACCUCCGAAAAGCGAACUGAGAACGACAAAUCUGUGUAAGGGCAAUCCAUUAUUUUCUCUUACUCUCUCCCAUCCUACAUGGGUACCAUAUCCAGCCGUAUGUAUACAUGUCCCAGUUUGUUUUAACAGGGCCAUCAAAUCCACCAGAAAUACGAGCCAAUACAUAUCACUUCUUCUAUGAGUAGUGGAUUAUGAUUCAUGAACGGCAUAUCAUACCUUCUUCUGCCACCCAUCCAAUAUAUUUGAAAAAUUCAAAGAAGAAGAAACAGAAGUCCUCCAGUUCGGGCAAGCAACUCGUUGCGGCCGCCUCCGGCCACUCUCCUGCACUAGUGACUACGUCGACCAAUACCAUGCUUGAGGAUCCCUUCCCAUCAAUCCCCACCAAACUCAGGCCGGACAACUUGAACAAAACAGCCGAUUACUGCACAAAGGAGUGGGAGCAGAGGUCGCCGCUGCCAUGAAUGCACAAGCAGCCUCAGCUCCCGGGCCGCCUAUGCCAUUGACACCUCGAUGUCAAAAAAAUAAGGGACGUAAGGGCAGGUAAUCAGGCCACUGCGACUGAUCAAAACGCUUACCCAAGACCACGACCAUCACGACGACGACACGAGAAUCUUCCAAUUGUUGAUAUGAAAACGAGUAUGAAGCCGUGUAAAUAUCAUCCAGUAUACUUACGACUACACAACUACCAAUCGAACCUUGGGCACGCUCUCGCCUUUCAAUCUAUCAACGGGAUUUACGGAACCGGAGCUGGGACAAGACUCGUUGGACUGAUUGAAGUCAGGAUCGUGAACCACCACCACUGCCACCAACAAAACAUCCCGAAGGAUACAAAUCCAUGCUCAUGCUCGCGAUUCACGUUCCAACCAAAUCGACGACAGUCAUAGCCGGGCGGAACCCGGCAGUUUCUCCCAAGGAAGAAAGAAACAGCUAGGAGGAAGGGGGAAUGGGUACACACCAGAACCUUGGAGCCGGUGAGGAGGAAAUCGCGUCGGGCGACAGACUUAGUAUCAACCCAGUAAUUGGGUUGGGAUUCGACCAAAGCUCGCCAGAUUGGAUGGCAACCAUGAUAUUAGAUCUGGUGUGUUGGGAAUAUCUGGGUGUAGGAGGAUGGAUGGAAUGUGAAUCUCCAUGUUGCUAUCUAUCUUAUCUCGGUCUCUGCGAGCCCGAAUUUCUUGUAUCACCACCGCUACCUAGAUACUGCAACGAUGGACAUGACUAGCACAUUGAAUAAGAUCAAUGACGACGUUGACGAGUGCAACAUCACUCACUUAACUCAACCCAGAGACUGCUCGAGCCCUUUAACUACCGUGAUUAGAGAGGGCUAUCUAUAUACAAGGUUGAAUCAAGCCAUGAAUCAAGCCAGAAGAGGCAAGCAAGGGUAUAUACAUAUGAUCAAG